CCUCCCUGUCCUCAUUAUCUCGGCCUGGUAGAUCAGUAGGGGAUAAUGGUAUUUAGAUGUCCUGUAAGCACAUGGAUCCUCUCAGUCAGCAACAUUAAUGGGGCCGUGAGGUCCUCCAUGCUUAAGUAAAAGGGUAUUAGACAGAAGUAAUGCUGGCAGCCUUUGUCUGCUUUCCAGUUUGUACACUGACAUGGGGAGCACCGGUAAAGUGUUUCGGUUCUUCAACAGGAGACAAAGUCUCUUUCCCAACUACAAAGUCACCGGUUCUGACGUCGAUCGAAGAUCUUCUGAGAUUGUUUAUCCAUCAGCAAAGGAGAGCUGUGUGAGGACAUGGAAUUCCAUGCAAGAGCUGAGCAAAGACAUCUACGACAUUUACGCUGAAUAUGAAGAGGAAGAUGAUGAUGGCUUCUCCAGACAGAUUUCCCCAUCCAAGAAUUAUAUGAUCAACAUCAAUGUAGGUGGGAAGCCCUACCAAAUCGCCUACAAGAUGGCAGCCAGGUACCCCAAGACCAGAAUUGGACGACUGGCCACUUACACCGACCACAACAUGAAACUAGACCUGUGCGAUGACUACAGUGUGACCAACAACGAGUUCUUCUUUGACAGAGACCCUGAUAUCUUUCACAGCAUCUUUAAUUUCUACCGAACUGGUGUGCUGUGGAUCAAGGACGAGCUGUGCCCCCGCAAUUUCCUUGAGGAGAUCAACUACUGGGGGGUAAGGAUCAAGAACACCCAACGCUGCUGCCGCAUCUCCUUUGAGGAGAGACAGGACGAGCUGAAUGAGCAGCUGAAGAUCCAGAGGGAGCUGGAAGCCGAGGUGGAGAUCGAGGAGAAUGAGGCGCUGUUUCAAGAUAUGUUCAUGGGCCACAGGCGGCGAGCUAUCUGGAACUUGAUGGAGAAGCCAUUUUCUUCAGUCAAGGCCAAGCUGAUGGCAGUGACCUCCAGUUUAUUCGUCCUGAUCUCGCUGGUGGCCAUGACACUGAACACAGUGGAGGAGAUGCAGUACAGAGCUCAUAUGGGGCAGCUCAGUGGAAAGACUUACUGGGAGUAUGUGGAGUCAAUGUGCAUCGCCUUCUUCACUAUGGAGUAUCUGUUACGUCUGGUGUCCACCCCUGACCUCAAAGCCUUCAGCAGGAGUGUGCUCAACACCGUGGACCUGAUCGCCAUCCUGCCUCAGUACGUCCAGGCCAUUCUGGAAUUCUUUGACAACAAGGAAAACUACAUGAAGCAUGAGGCCGACAUGCAGGCCGUGGGGCAGGUGGGAAAGCUCGGACAAGUCCUCCGUAUCAUGAGACUAAUGCGGAUCUUUCGUAUCUUGAAGCUGGCCCGACACUCCACAGGCCUGAGGGCGUUCGGCUUUACUCUGCGCCAGUGCUACCAACAAGUCGGCUGCCUGUUCCUCUUUAUCGCCAUGGGGAUCUUCAGCUUCUCCGCCAUGGUUUACACUGUGGAGCAUGACAUGCCUCAAACAAACUUCACCAGCAUUCCUCAUGCCUGGUGGUGGGCAUCUGUCAGCAUCUCCACGGUUGGCUACGGCGACGUCUACCCAGAGACCAUCCUUGGUCGUCUUUUUGCUUUCAUCUGCAUCGCCUUUGGAAUCAUACUCAACGGUUUACCCAUAUCCAUCCUCUUCAACAAGUUCUCAGACUACUACUCCAAACUCAAGUCCAAUCAGUACACAGCCUCCCUGAAGAAUCGAGGGAAAGUGAGGUUCGCCAAGAGGACCGUGCAGAAUCUUAACGACUGCUUUGGAAAAGGCCACCGUCAUGUGAGCUAAAGAAAUUGCAUACUUUUAAGACAUUUGUGGAGUGUCAGUGACACAAUUUCAAUUGAACUCAAUAGAUCCACUACUUUGCUGCCUUAAAAACCUGAAUAAAGGCCUGAUGCAGAUAACAGAUUGAAAAACUCCUUGGCAGCAUAAUUUACCAAAGUUGGGUGAAGAUUAAAAACUUGACUCACACUCACACACACUGAAACACAUUUGUUUUUGGAAGGAGAAACGUUUUUAAACUAAUAUCUAGUGUAAUUGGUGAUGCUCAGAUCUCUCAUUACUAGUGAAACAAGUAUGAAUCAAACAUAGCUCAAAUGAAAUUAUCCGCUAUUUCCACUGAUGCGGUCCCCAAAAAUUGACAUCAGUGUAAAUAUUAUGUUCCUUCAAUCAGCCAAGAUGUAACAAACAUGGGUGAAUCUUGUCAUGGAGGCAAUUGCAAUUUUAGAGUAUCUAAUGUAAACUGAUGUUUUGUUUUUCACCUUUCGAAUCCUAAAACCCAAAGCGCUAGGUUAAAUGUUAAUUCAUCUUGGUAAUGCAGUGCAACAAACCUGUGCUUUUAACUCAAAUGCUGGUGCUUUCUUUUGUGUUUACCAAAUCCAGUAGACUUUUCCAUCCACAAUGUAAAGUUGUUUGCAUAAAUAAAUGCAAUUUGGUACGACUGUAUUUUCGAUCAUUUACAUUGCAGCAGCACUAUUUUUCUUCAUGAAACACAUGUAACAAUAAAAUGUUUUGAUUUUGGAACGGAUU